AUCGUGAAAUUGUCACUGUGCGGCAAUUUUAUUGUUUGGCAUUAUAUUAGUGAGCCGCAAAAACGGAUACAUAAGAUAAGUGUUGUUUAGUUAUCGACAGAUAUUUUGGAUUCAAUCUGGAUGAAUUUAGAGAAAUGAUUGCCGCCGUAUCUGCACCUCUGGAAUUUAUUCCGCGUGGUCGUCAGGCGGCUGCAGAACAUCCAGAACGUGCCAAUAUAAAAAAACCGACACAAUUUUCGGCUGAACAUUUACUAUUGAAUCGAAUGAAAAAUGUGAAUUUAUCAUCGGACAGUUCAUCGCCAACUGAGUUUUGGUGUUUAGAGGAUGUUAAUUACGAUGUUACCAAAGCCGAUGAAUGUAUUCAAUCGACGGCACAGGUUGAUGAGGAAAUUUAUAAAAGUGAUGAAGAGCAUGAAUUGUAUGUAAAAGGUUGUGUAGCUGUUUGGACAAAAGGUGCAUAUGAAACGAGCACUAAGUGUAAAAUGCCAAUAACAAGUUUUACCGUUCAGUCGCCCAUUCGAUUUGCAUUCUUUUGUCCGAGUACAUUUUUUAAAUCGCCCAAUCCGGAUAAACGGGAAGGAAACAAACGUAAAACAUACUUAGAUUUUGACAAUAAAGUCAGCAAAGAUUCGUCGAAAAUUGGAAUUUGUAUCAUUGAUUCGGAAGUGUUACGUGUUUAUUCGCUGUGCGGUGAAGAUUUUCGGACCAGUUUUCCGUUUCCCAUUUCGAAUGUUAUGCAAAGCAAAUAUGGAUUGAUAUUGGAAAAGAAUGCAUCGACGGUUCAAGUGGAUGAUGUCCAUUCAUUGGCCAUGCCACGUCUUUAUUCAUUGAGCCAUCCUUUAAAUGAUAUUUGCCCGAUUCUAUUGAAAACGCUGAAUGGUCAUAUCAGCUUCGUGACCGAUGCACGUGUCACCGUUGCAUUCACUAUCAUUGAAAACAAUUUGGUUAUGAUUCAUGAUGGUAAAAUUGGCAAACACAUUUUGUGUAAAUUACGAAAGGCGACGCUAGAUGAAAAGCAGAAGGUUGGAGUUCUCAGCGAAAACGACAUUUUUUCGUCGGAACUAAACUCAACAAAUGUGGAUGUGUUAUGUACGAGCUCCGUUCGUUUCGAUGGCUCCAGUUUGAGUUUCAAACAAAAACAUUCCCCUACUCCAAAUCGUUCCAGUUUGGAUGCGUCGUCGCUGCACACAUCAAAAUUGUUAAAUAUGACACCAAAUGCACCUUCGAUGCUUUCGAAACUUGGCAUUUCCUUUGAUAAAUCACAAAUGCAAUCGCCAUAUGAUCGCCUCCAGUCAUCGUCUGAUGUCCAUAAUUCGUUUGUUGAAGACGUCCCCAAGGUCGGUUAUGCAAAACCAUCAAAACCGAUUAUACCGGAAUUAUGUCUUGAAAGUAUAUGGAUUGAGAGCAUCGGCACUAGAGAAUUUCCGGAUGUUGCGUCUCGUGGUUUCCUGCAUUGUGAUUUCAUUGGUCAGAAGUUCAUAUGUUAUUUGCUAAAGAAGACUGGCAUACUGAUGAUGUAUCGAUUGGAAAAAUCAAAUUCACCAGAUAUCCCAACCAUGGGAAAAUCAUCGUCAAUACCGGCAAAGGAUGCAGUUUGUAUAAGUGCAUUAAAAGUAGUAGCUGUUUUGGCACAUUGUGGAUCAUUGAUUUUGUAUAGUGGUUCAGUAUUAAUUGGAAAAGUGGAUAUUAGUGGUAUAACGCUUACGCGUCAACCUCAAGUGACACCGUCUAUUCAGUCAUCAUUUCCACGCCGAAGUAGCCUUUUGCCAACCGUCUCGAACGAAUCAAGUUUCGAUGAUGAAGUACAUCUGUUAUCGCCAGUAUAUCCGUUACAAUCGCAAUACAAUUUACGAUCUGGCAGCGGUAUCAAUACAUGUUCAAGUUUGCGAGAUGUAUGUGGUAGUCGAGUCACUUUGCAGUUCACAAACGAUACGAUGUAUCGUAUCACAUUGCCGCCGUUGAGUGAAUGUCCGCUGGUGACCAAGUGUUUGGUGGUUUUGCGUACAGUUUUAAAACGUGAUAUGGCCAUUGCAAUCAUUUCCAAAUGGUACAGCAUUCGAAAUACCCGAGGUUCACAAGACAUUAGUUUUGAAAGUGAAUGGACAACAUUUCAUAAUUAUUUAUUGAAUGCAAUGGGCCGAACAUUCAUUUCGACGAGAACAUUUUCAUCAGCACAGGAUGGUGGUGGUGGUGGCUCAUCGCGCACAUCCACCGGAGAUAAUAAAAAACGUCGUAAAACCGAUGACCCGAUCGGUUCGGACACUGAUUUUCAGUAUUUAAUGGCCGUUUUGAAUAAAACAAACAACGAGAAAAAAUCAUCAUCAAAAGAAACGAAAUCAAAACGUCGCAUCGAUAUGAAUUCAACGCUAGCACCUUAUAUUCCGAUUAUCUUUUUCAGCUUCCAUUUGCUGUACGAAGAGUUAAAAUUCGAUGAAACAUUAAAAACGCAACGAACAAUGCUGUCAGAAUUUCUGAAUCAACUUGCUCUUGAUUUGCAAUUGCAUUCAUAUUGUUUGCAUUAUUUUCUGGACUGUCCCGAUCUGGUGUUGAUGUAUAAUAAUGGUUCGAUUGCUGAACUCGAUCGAAAUGCUCUGUAUGAUCAACAGUGUUUAAGUGUAAAAAUUCCAAGUGUGUAUGGCGUAAUUAACGAUUUAUUCAACAAUGGUGAAAAUGAAUUCACCCCGUAUCCAUACAUUCCGAGCGUGAAUCCAAUCAGCAAACAAAUAGUCGAUUUGAUUUCGAUGGUAACCAGCGAAGGACUCGUCGAUGGUACGUAUCAUUUUAAUGCAAUCAAAUCAAAAGAUCAACCAAUGGAUAUAAAUCGAUCAAAAUUGAGCGAUUAUGAAAUUCGGCAAAAAGCCUUAGAACAAUUGCUUGCAAUAAACUUAUCGCGAAAAGAGAUGUCACGCUUUCCACCGGCCAUCCAAUUUUUAAUCGCCGAAAUUCUCGAAAGUUGUCGCCUCGAUAUGCCAAAUAUAAAUGAUGCCAGAGCAUUUGGUUUACUCUAUCGCCCUGAAUUAUACAGUAAUACAAUAACCGAUCCACUGAUCAGAGAAAUUGCGUCAAAAAAACAUAGCAGCUUCAAAACGGAAAACUCAUUAACACUGCGCGGACAGUCGGCAUCAGAAAGUGCGGCCAAUGCAAGUGCCAGUUGUGAUGGAAUGGCACACAUUUAUACAAAAUUGAUUCGAUUGCGAUGGCCCAAGGAUUUGCGUAUAGAAGAUGUCCGACAGAUGUUGGCCAGUGCAAGCCCGGUUAUUGUGGAUAUUGUACAAAAAAUCGGUGUCUCCGAUCAUGACUUCAUUGAAGAGCGUGAACGGCAAUUGUUAGCAAUUUGUACAAGAACAAUGUCACUGCCGAUUGGACGGGGUAUGUUGACAUUACAAACAUUUUCACCGGCCUCCACCGAGUCGUUUGACGUUCCGAAGUUGUGUUUGACCGGAAAGGAAAAGGAAAAAGGCGCCAUUAUUGAAAUGUCAACAAUCGAAGUACCCCAAAAUAUGAAUAUGUGGCCAUUAUUUCAUAAUGGAGUAGCAGCUGGGUUGCAAUUGUCAUCCGAUAGUAAAAACAUUGAUUCAGCAUGGAUUGUUUAUAAUAAACCGAAAUCAUCGAAUGACAGUACAACCGAACAUGCUGGAUUUUUAAUGGCACUCGGUUUAACCGGCCAUUUAAAAAUAUUGUCGGCGAUGAGCUUGUAUGAUUACCUCGUGAAAUGCGAUGAAAUGACCAAUUUGGGCAUUUUAAUUGGAAUUUCAGCCGCACAUCGUGGCACUAUGGAUACCUCCGCAACGAAAUUACUAUCCAUUCACAUUGAAGCACUAUUGCCGCCAACCGCCUUGGAAUUGGACAUCUCACAAAAUGUUCAAAUCGCCGCUAUUAUGGGCAUUGGAAUGUUGUAUCAAGGUUCGGCGAAACGGCAUAUUGCAGAGGUUUUGGUUCAAGAAAUCGGUCGUCCACCCGGACCCGAAAUGGAAAACUGUGUCGAAAGAGAAUCGUAUGCGUUAACAGCUGGACUGGCAUUGGGUUUGGUGACACUUGGAAGGGGUGAGACUGCACCGGGCUUAGCCGAUCUCAGAUUACCAGACAUUUUGCAUCGUUAUAUGAUUGGUGGCAGAAGAGACACAUUAAGCGGCUCACAAAAGGAAAAAUACAAGUUUCAAUCGUUUCAAGUGCGUGAAGGAGACACAAUUAAUGUUGAUGUUACAGCACCGGGCGCAACAUUGGCAUUAGGUUUGAUGUUCAUUCGAACUGGAAAUAAAUCAGUGGCCAGUUGGAUGAAUCCGCCAGACACUCAUGCUGUUCUUGAUGAUGUACGACCCGAUUUACUUUUGAUACGGGUCAUUGCACGCGGUUUAAUCCUCUGGAAUGACAUACAACCGACCAAAGAAUGGCUCAGAACCAAUUUUCCAACAUGGCUACAAAUUGAUCUAUUGCAAUCGCCAAUGAGAAACAGCGAAUCUCUUGCCGAUCGUGAAUCAUUUGCCCAAGCAUACUGUAAUAUUACUGCGGGUGCUGCAUUUUGCUUAGGAUUACGUUAUGCGGGCACCCAAAAUGAAGAAGCAAAUUCGAUUUUGGAUCAAAUUUUCAAACUUUUCUUGAACUCAAAUUCGGUGUAUCUCAAUGAAUGUGCAGGAAAACCAACCGUUGAAUCAUGCUUGAUGCUAGUUCUAUUGGCCAGUUCAUUGGUGAAUGCAGGCACAGGUGACUUGCGUGUGCUCAGAAGAUGUCGUAUGUUGAGAAAUCGUCUUGGUGUUGGAUAUUCCCAUGUCACAUACGGCAGCCAUAUGGCUGUGCAUAUGGCGAUUGGUUUCCAAUUUUUGGGUGCAGGUCGCUACACACUGUCUCGUUCGCCAGAGGCAAUUGCUGCUUUGAUUUGUGCACUGUUCCCGAAAUUCCCAAUUCACAGCAAUGAUAAUCGAUAUCAUUUACAAGCGUUUCGACACUUGUACGUGUUGGCUGUUGAGCCACGAAUCAUCCUGCCGCGUGACAUUGACACCGGUAAAUUGUGCCCGUGCAACAUCACAUACUUGACUCUCGAUGGAAAGACUGUUUCGAAAAUGGCACCAUGCAUAUUGCCCGAACUCAGCGAUUUGGAUGAGGUGCGGUUUGAAGACCCCAAUUAUUGGACUAUCAAAUUUAAAAAAGGUUGCAACUGGGAAGAUUUCGAACGAAUCAUCCAGAAAUGUCAUUGCAUUGAUAUUAAACAAAAAGCCGGUUGUGUGUCUCACAUCGACGAUCCAACCAACUUGCGAAGCACUUUUGCCUACACACUUAGUACGGAACGUUAUGUGUGUUGGCGCACUCAUCCAUUAAAUUUGCUGGCAUUCACAAAUAAUUCAAAAGUUCAGAAUUUCAUAAACAAAUUUUUAACGAGCGAAGAUGAGCUGAGCGAAGAUUCGAAAUUUUUGCAAUUAUUCAUGCUGCAAUUUUAUCAUUGUUUAACCAAGGACACGAUGCAUGCGCUGUACAUUUACGUUGAUCUGCUGAUGUCAUACUUUCGGCUAAUUAACUCACCGGAAAGUUUCGACGUUUGUCAAUUAAAACUAAUACAAACGAUUGUAAAGAAUCGUCCGAGCAAUAUUAUUUUAUCGGCCGAACAUUUGAAUGCGUUGGUCAAGAGAGUGGAAACAUUGAUCGAACGAAAGAUCAUCGAGUACGCUGGCUAUUUACAAUUAUUUUUACAAAAAGAUGAUAUUAAAUUCCUUUCCACCACCGAGGAUAAGGAGACACUUCGAAAUAUCGCAGCAUUGAUACAGUUUCUUGAUUUACCGAUCAAUAUUAUUCGUCAAAUCUGUGUUAAGCCCGGCGAAAAAUUUAAUCCCAGCGAAAUUCCACUGCAAAUGGACUAUUUGCGAUUAAUUGUGGAAAUGAAGAACUUUAACAUCAACACCGAUAUGACAUUGAUUAUAACAAAGAUUUUAAACGCCCCCGGCCUUUGAAUUUCAUCCUUUUAAUAUAUUAAUCUUUUCAUUGUUCCAUAAGCUUAAUAAAAUUCAUUUGUUUUUUCGAAAUAUAA